AUGAAUGAAUUUAACCCUGAUUAUGUCUUUUCAGAUGAAUUCAUUUCAAAUAUUGAUAUUAAACCUUUAGAUGAGUAUUAUAUAACAACAGAAGAUGUAAAUUACAUUGUUGAUAAUGAAAGAGCUGAUUUAUUAAAAGAUGAAGCGUCAAAAGCAAUGAAAUCGAUGUGUCCACUUUCAAUUUUCAUCGAACCAACCGAAAAGAAGAUACGUGAACAUAUAGAAGAGAAUUUUGAAAUAGAAUCACUAACAGUUGAUAAAUAUUUUAGUGAUUUAACACCAAAAAACACAGAUCAACACACAGAAGAGUUCGAUUUCGACUUAAAUAUAUCAGAGAAUAAGCUUCUUAAUGCAUUAAAUGAUCUCAGUGAUGAAUUUUCAAAUUCUAAAUAUUCAAUUAAGUCAAUUAUUAAAUUUUUUACCGAUAUUGAAAGCAAAUUCAACAAAAAGAACGUACACGAUGCAGUUUCAUCGAUAUUACCUGAUAUUGCCGCUGUUUUGAAGUCAUCUCGCUUCUAUUUGUUUCUUCUUGAACGAUUUAUCGACGAAACUCUGCAAGAAAACUACGUGUACAAUGGAGAAAACACUAUAAUUUCAAUAGAUAUCCACGAAGGAACGGAAUAUAUUUUGGAUAAGUACAGGGGAUUAAUUUCUCCCAAAUUGAUUAACUUCAAAGUGUUUGAUGACUCAAAAGUUGCAUGUUGGAACAAACAUAUUUACGUUUUUACGCCAUCAAAAAAUACAAUCGAAUAUUGUCGUUUAAAAACAAAUAAUAACAAGCCAUUAACAACAAGCGCACUCGAUAAAAUCAUACCGCUUUACAAAAUACUCUCUAUUUAUCAUUUUGAGAAAAGAUUUUGUUUUAUUCAACUAAAAUCACUAAAAACUCUACUUGUUACUAUAGUAAGAGGCAAUCUAUUGAGUGAAACAAUCAAUAAGGUAGAGAAAGAAAUAACUGUUGACGAAGAAAUCCUUGGAACUUUCUUUUUAGACCAUAAAUUACAAAUUUUUACGAAAAAUGGACCACUUUAUGCAACAACAAUAGAUGGAAUCACUUGCUCAGCACUUACAAAGAUAAAUAAACCCUAUAAUUACUAUCCUUUGGCACCAACUUUGUAUCAUCAAGAAAAAUAUUACUCAUUUCUAUUAAUUAAAGAACAAAUAUACAGAAAACAAUACAAACAAAUGAAAGAUUGGACAAUUUUCAUACCUUAUCUAUAUAAAACUGAUUCAAAUGAAAAUAUUAUUUCAAAUAUUAUCGAAGAAUUGAUGUAUUCAGCUGAUACAAGGUUCAAAAGAAUUUAUUCUGGAUCUAUGACCACGGAUCCAUUAUUAAUUUCACUUACAAACCAAAGUAUGUCGAAUUUAAUUGUUUUAUUAAGAAUUUUCGAAAAAUCUCUCAAUAUGAGACCAGAAUUAAGGGAGUAUUUAGUUACAAUGCUGCUAAGAUUGAUCGCUCUCAACUUAAACGCGAUUUGUGUCGAAGAUAAUGAAAAAAUAAAAAAUACAGAUUUAAUUCAAAAGGUACAGAACUGUUUAUUGAUAGCCAAAGAAGAUAUAGGUGGUCUUCCGAUACUUGAUUCCUUACAAAUGUUCCUUUUAAUCGUAUUUCGAUAUUUAUAUACGAAUCAAGAUUUCGUAAACAGGGUAUUUUGGAGUUUGAACGUCACUUCAUUUGAUUUCAAGCCAAAAUACGGUCCACAAACAGCUCUUUCCUUUAAUAAUUUGAAAGUCGUCGAAAAUCUUGAGACAAAGUUCCCUCUUUUCGUUCAAUUAUCUAACAAAUUUGGUUUGGAUACUCCUCUCCAGCAAUUCAUUGAAAUUUUCUUUGAAAAAGCGAAUGAAUUAUUAAAUUCCAACCAAAAAGACAAAUCUUUAAGACUUUUAAAGGUAUUCUAUUAUUAUUCGACAUCUAUAAAGCAAACAGAAUCCCUUGCAAAGUCUAUCAUCAUUUCUGCCAAAAAAUUUAUGGAAAAUAUUUCCUCAAAAAAUACCAAAACAAAUUUGAAUGAAAAAUUUUACGAUCAAAAUAAACCUCUCAAAUUUUUAAAGGAAAAAUUUGAGGAGAAAUAUCAAUUCGCAUUAGUCACUGAUGGAAAAGAAUUUGGUUUUUCGGUUCAUCCCCAAAGAGUGACAAAUGUAAAAAUUACCGAUGUAAAAACCGGUAACGGCGACAUAUUUGUAAAUGGUCAGAGAUUAGAAGACGACAUGACAUUUACGAAUCAAAACGAAUUGAAUUUUAAGGUUAUUCCGAAUUUUGAGAGAUUUUAUCACAGAGGAUUUUUAAUUACUGGCCAAAAAUACGUUCCUUGUUCCGAUAAGAAAUUUUUGGUUCCUGACUCGAAUUUGUUUUUAUUUUCUUAUUUCUAUUUCAUUAUGUCACGUUUUUGUAAUUUAUGUUUGAAUUCUCUUUCAGAAACAGAAGAAGAAAUACAAAAAAGAAGAAUUUUACAAUUUCCAAAAAGUGACGCUGGUUUACAAUUGUCAAAUUUUGUUGAUGAAGAGUUAUUUGACAUUUCAUAUGAUUUACUUGAGAAGAAAUCACUUUGGAGACACAAAACACCUCCAAAAGAAGUUUUAUUAGUAGAAAGAAACAUUUUCGCUUCUAGUUUGUGUUGUAUUGGCUUAGUUGACUCUUUUUUUGAAUUGACAAGAAAAUUGUUAGAGUCAAAAAGAAGAAAAAACUUAGAAAACUCUAAAAGAAAUACUGAAAAUUCAAAAUGUGAAACACAACAAAAUAACGAGAAUCCAAAAAGUGACAAACUUAAAGAUAAUUCAAAAAGUGACAAACUUAAAGAUAAAUCCACUAAUAAAGAUGAUGAUCCAAAAAGUGACACACAUCGUAAUAAUGAUCCAAAGAAUGAAUCUCAUCAAAAUCUUGACAACAUAAAAAGUGACAUACAUCGUAAUAAUGACAACUUUAAAAGUGACACGAUUCAUGACAAUGAAACUCAUAAAAAUCAUAAUUCUAAUCAAAAUAUUGACAGUUCAAAAAGUGACACACAUCAUCAUAAUGAAAAAUCUGUUAAUAAAGAAAAUGAUAAAAAUUCUAAUAAAGAAUCAAAAAGUGACACUAACCAAAUGAUCAACAAUGAAAAUGAGAAAAAUUUUCAUUCAAAAAGUGACACGAAUCAAAGUGUAAAUGACAACAAUUAUAAAGACACAAAUCAAACUAUUUCCAAUCAAAAUCAAAUUUCAGAAGAAAAUAAAAACAAGAAACAAAUAGAUUAUUAUGAAGGAAUUGAAAUUCCAGUUAAUUUGUUGUUAGUUUAUAAAUCAGUUCAGAAGUUGAGACCGAUGAUAUACAAUUCUUUCCAGUUCAAUGACAAAGAUUCACCAGAAAUCAGACAAAACUUUGAAUUGAUGUCAAAAACAAUUAAAGAAAAAGCAGAGUUUCUAAUGAACACAAAAAGUGAUUUGGAAUUUAAUGAAUCAUUGAAACAAAUAAUUGAUUUCUUCAAAUCACAAAACACUUUGUCACAAAUAUGUGAUAUUGUUAAAAUAUCUAAAGAAAGAGAGAUCUACAAGAAAACAGCAAUUUCUUUCAUUAAUUUGUUUGAAAAUUCUUCAAAAAAAGAUGUCCACAAAAAAGUUUUCUAUAGAUAUUUGAAUCCGAAAUGUGAUAUAGGAAUAAGAGAAAAAUUGGAACCAAAAUGUAACGUUUUCUUUAAUUUAUUUUACUUAUCGGUUUACGGUUUUGACAAAAAUUCAAUUUCAUUUUUGCCAAGAUUUUCAAAAGAUAAAAAACUCAAACCAUUCUUGGAAAUGAUCAUUGGAUUAGUAUUUAAAUCACAAAAUGAAGAUCUUAAAACUGUAUUACAAAAGUAUUUACCAAAAUUAGUUGAAAAUGAUUUGAAUUUUUUGAGAUUUUUGCCAAAAAGUGUCAUGUCAGAAUUAUUUGAAAUAUCUAAAUUAGAUAUAACGAAACUAGAUAACAAGAUAUUGACUAAUUUAUUAGAUUUAGAUAUUCAUCAAGAACAAAUCGAAUUUUUGUUGUCGAAAAUUGGAAAAAAUAUAAAAUCAAUUUUUUCUAAAACAAAUGGAACAAAAAAUUUGAUUUUAUAUCUAAGAAAACUCUUCCUAAAUCAAAAGAAACCAUUUUCUGACAUUUUAGAAAAAAUCAUCCAAAAGUGUCAAGAUCUAAAAAGUGACACAACGAUAGGAUUUUUAAAUGUUUUUGGAAAUUCGAUUUAUUCGAGUUCAUCGACAAAUUAUUUGCAAAAAUCAUUUUCCGAUGAGAAAAUUUUGCAAAAUCAAUUCAAAAUCAAUGAUUUCCUUAAUUUCACCCCUUCUUUUUCUGUUUCUCCCCCUAUUUUAAUUUUAUCUAAGUUAUCUUUGAAUGUAAUAAGUGAACUGACCAAACAGACAUCUCAAAUUAUCAAUUCUGAUAAAAUAGACGUUGAAGGGAAUUUGGCGGUUUUGUCACUUUUCACAUUUUUAAUGACGCAAUUCCAAAACAUACAAAAUGUGAAAAACAUCAACUUAGACGUAAAAAUUCUUGAAGAUUUAGCUCUAAAAACUGUUAAAAAGCCGCUUGGAAUGUUAUAUCAUGAUUUUGAAACAACAACAAGGAAUUUGAAUGGAUUUCCAACUAUUUCCAAAACGAAUUUCAUCAAAUUCAUUCAUUUGAGAAGUGGUGAUGUGACAGACGAUAGAACUCUUAUCGGCGUGGAAGAAGAUUGUUGUGUUUUUGUUUUGUCAAAAAAAGUGAAACGUGACGGUUUAUUUUGGAUGACUGUUGAUGUGAAAAAAUCGCAAAAUAAUUCUAUUAUGAUUGGAUUCAUCAACAAGAAUCUUCCUGUUCGAUUCAUGGGUGUUGAUUUAAGGGGAAAUAUAAUUUACCCUUUUUUAGAAAAUUUAAUUCCAUUACAUCCAUCAAAGAAAAUUUCCAUUUGCUACAAGAACAGGACAUUUUGUGUUUUCUCAAAUGACAAUUUACAAGAUGAACAAUGUUUGUAUAACAUUUCAAAAAGUUUUUAUCCAAUAAUUGUCACUUUUUAUAAUGAAUGUGAACUGAAAACGGAAUUUAAUUAUUUUUUGACGAAAGAUACACCGAAAUAUAUUCAAGAUCACAUAUUCCAACUCAAGAAACCUGUUUAUGUUGAUCCUCCUGAAAGUGAUGACUUCACUUUUCAACCUCCAAAUUAUUAUUUCGGCUAUUUUGUUGGCAGUUUUGUCAGAUUGAGAAAAGAGAAGUGUAAUGGUGUUAUCUUUGAAAUCAACAACAGUAUGAUGAAAGUUAUUGCUUUCAAAGAUGAUGAAGAAUUUGUUGUUUUAGAUUCAACAGAAGAAAACAUUGAAGUUUUGGAUGAAUCUUUGACAAAAAUUUUACAACGAAGUUCAUCAAUUUUGUUUAAUUCAUUGUCUAACGAUGAUAAGGAGAAAGUUACUUUUAUCAAUACAAGAGCACAUAAUAAGUCAAGUUUAUAUCUUUUAUCAUCUUUGUCAAGAUAUAUUUUAAUUUUAUAUUAUUCAUUUUAUAAUUUAGACAAAAUUGAAUUGAUUUGUAAGUUUUGUCAAACUGUUUUUGAAUUUUGUGACAUCUCUUCUAUUGAAGACAUCUUCACAAGUAAUAUGAAGAGAUUGUUGAUAAAUUACAGACCAAAAAUUUUGGAAUUUCUUGGAAAAAGUAUCAUCCAAAGUAAGAAUUCAAAAAUCAUGUUUCAAUUACUUGAAAAAACGAAACCAUUUUCAAAUUGUUUGUCAUUAAAGAAAAACAAAGUUUUCAUUGUUCCAAACAAUGUUUCGAAAGACAUUUUGAUGAAGAAAAACGAAUUUUUGUUAGGUCAUUAUCUUAUUGAAAAAUUUGUUAAAGAUGACAACACAACAAUUCCUUUGAUUCAUCUUUUCAUUGUUCUCUUGGAGAUUUCCAAAAACGACAGUAAUUUUCUUAAUUCUUCUGUUUAUUAUUGUCCAAGAAUUUUCCCAGAAAAUGAUUUUUUGUCUAAUAAUUUAUUAGGAAUUUUACUCGAAACAUAUUCUAAUAGUGAACUUAAUGAUUUGGACUCAAUUAUAUAUUUGACAAAUUUUGUUAGUAAUAAUAUGAAAUUUGACGAAAAUAUGACAAAAUUCAGUUUACAAAUUUCAGAUUUUCGAAACAAAGUUGUUCAAAAAUUGUCAGAUUUCAGAGAUAUCCAAAUAUAUUUAUCAGAGACAGAUAACGAGUUCGUCCAAAACUCAGAUAAUUAUUUGUUAUAUUUAUCAUUCAAAAAUAAUCGUUCUGUCACUUUUUAUCCUAUUUGUGUUUCGAAAUUUUUACUUUUGAGAAAGAUCAAAAUGAUUUUAGACAAGAAAGGCAAAUUUGAGUAUAAUUUCUCAAACAAAUCUGUUGUUAUUGAUAUAUUUUCAUAUUUGUCACAAAAUCCUGUUGUUGUUGAAACAUCACAAAAAGUGACAAACAGUUUGGUCUUACCAGAACAAUUUACAUUAGAAAAUCCAGAAGAAGAUCCAGUUUAUUUAACUGUCCAAGUUUUGGUCGACGAUAACAAUUAUAACCGUUUAGAGACACUUUUUACGAAAAUUUGUGAAAACAAGAAAUGGAAUUAUUCAUAUGACGAAAAGAUGAUGAACGGCGAAGAAAUCUCAGAAUUCGAUUCAGACACAGUUUCACUGAGAAAAUCAAUGUUAGAAGAAGUCACCUUUUUUGUGAAAACCGUUGAAUUUUUGCCAUGGAACAUUUCAUUUGAAGAAAGUUGUCGAAAAUACGAAGAAGCAUUAUUCAAUUUCGGAUAUUGCAGAGAACCAUUGACAUUGAGAUUCAAUCGUUAUCAAAGUCGUAAAUUCCAUGAAACAGGUUUAGGUGUGUCACUUUUCCAUCAAUUCACUUCACAAAUUAAAAGUUUUGACAGACUUGAUUUUUUACGAAACAAAGAGCGAAUCUGGAAGACUAUUCUUAUCUCAGAAGAAGGUAUCGACAGUGGUGGUCCAAUGAGAGAAGUUUAUUACGACAUUUGCAGAGAAAUCGUGAAUCCAAACAACAAAAUUUUUAUUUUGUCAAAUGUCGACAAAGAAAAACUUUUCCCAAAUCCAUUUGUGAGUAAUGAAUUUGAGUUCAUUUGUGCAGGCGCAUUGAUUGGCUGUGCUGCAGUUAGUUAUAUCACGUUUGACUUCAAUUUUUCACCAUUUGUCUGGCGAUAUUUAUGUGGCAUUGAUUUGACAAUUGAUGAUAUUUACUCUAUUGAUAAUUCAUUUCGAGAUUUCGUCAGUAUCUUGGAAAAUUCUAAUUCGAAAGAAAGUUUUUCAGAUGUUAAUUGGUCAGUCACACUUUUGAGUGGCGAAGUUCAUACAAUCAAACCAGAUCAAGUUGAUUUUAGUGAGAAAGAUUAUUUCAUUGAAGAGAUCAAGAAGAUCAGAAUCAACGAACUGAAAAACAGUUUAGAAUUGAUUCGAAGAGGAUUUUACAUUGUUUCUCCUGUUCCUUGUAAUGAAUUUUUGACACCUAAGUACUUGGAACAGCUGUGCAGAGGAAAAACAGAGAUAACGAGUGAAGACAUCAAGAUGAUCUUAGUUUCUAAGAAUUACGAUACAGAUUUGUUGUUCAAAGUAAUCGACACAUUCAGUGAAGAGAAUUUGAGAGAUUUCUUGAGAUUCAGUUCAGGAUAUUCAUCUAUUCCUGCAUGGAAUUACAAACCUUUCAUCAGUGUAUACCCGAUGAGUAUUAAAGAUUUCGAAAAUGUCGACGAAAAUGAUGAGAAGACAUGGCCUCUUCCAACUGCUUCGACUUGUUUCAUGAAACUGAUCAUACCUCAAUUCACAAAUUUCGACAUUCUUCGAGAGAAACUCUUAACUGCAAUAUAUUCUUAUUACAUAUUACAAUCAUGA